UUCUCUUAUUAGACAUGUUUGCAAUAUAGUAUAUGUGUUUACAUGUAUAUUUGCAAUGACAGUCACACUUGUCUGUAUGCUGUUUAUUACAGAAACCACACAUGUCAAUUGGAGAGAUUAAAUGGUCCUCAUCAAUUUCAUGGUCGUCUGCAUUCUAAUCGAUGCCCAAGGGCGAACACACUCUACCCAACCAGAGAAUCUAUAGAGAUAGACGAGUCCUUCAUAAUAUUGUGGUCCUUCGAGCCGGAUAGGCGUUUACCCUUGAGAUCAUGGAGAGGACUUAUGAAGCCUGGAGCGAAGACGUACGCCCCAGACGCCGCAUCAAACCACCAAAGUACUUAGAAGAUUAUCAACUGAGCUAUCGAAAUCUCCAAGUCGGUGAGAGCUACCAGCACGACGAGGGAGCAGCUGAGACAGCCCCCCUCACCCCUCAAAGCCAGAGAUCACUGGGUUACCUAGAAGACUACCAAGCCGGUAGGAACCGCUGGAACGAGGGAGCGGCCGAGACGACCCCUUCGUCUGCCAAACCCCACCUACAUGGACUCAGCUAGACAGCUGCGAAAGGGGAGAGAGCCACGUCGUGGACAUAUAUGACGAUGAAGUGGAGGAGCAAGAGUGGGACCUGACGUUUUCACCAGAGAAAGGAGCCGAGGCAACACAGGAAGACAGUAUGAGGGACUACAUCGAGUCGAUGAUGGACAAACUCCACGAGAUGUGGGAAGCACUGUCUGUUAGCCCCAACAGAGCUAAGCCACCACUAAGGAACACAUCCAGUACGGCCCCCCCAUGCCGAUCUAGACACUUCCUGCCCAUUAACCAGCCAGACCAGGAACGUGCCCAAACACUCCACCAGGGCAGACGGCUAAGCAAUGACAUCUCCUGUCCCCCAGCGCACCUACGAUCAGCACAAUCAGCAGGCCGUCAGCAUGCACCGGAGCUAGAUUACCAGCCUGCACUACACUCGACAGACCCACGCUCUGAUCCCCCACCAGGCCACCAGUAUCCAGCGAGAUUAGAGCACCAGCCCAGGUACCGCCCACGUGACCCCUAUGCCGCUCUCCCACGGAAGCACCAGUACACAGCAAGAGGAGAAUACCAGCUAGUGCCCUCAUCAGUAGACCCCCAUCGAGUUCAGCGACCAGCCCCGCCCCUAAGUCGCCAGCUCCCAGUGGGGCCAAGACCACAGUCUGCGUGCCACUGCUCAGACCCCCUCCCAGCCCGUCGACCAGCCCCACUGCUGAGCAGUCAUUAUCCGGCGUGGCCAGAACACCAACCCUCGUUCUCAUCACCAGGCGACACAGUGGAGCAGCAAUAUAGGGGGCCAUGACCAACCAUCCCAGACUUUGCUACUAGAGACCCGAGCGAGUUUGCACGCCUCAAGUUGUCACUAGAAAACCUCUUACCAUCUAAUGCUACGCAGCUGUUCAAGUACCAAGUCCUAGUUGAUCACCUCAAGCUCGAAGAGGCCCGUCUGGUGGCCGACGCCUACCUGAACUCUCCCACGCCAUACACCGACACCAUGACAGCGCUGCACGACAAGUUUGGACAGCCCCACCAACUAGCACUAAGAAAGAUCGCCAGCGUUCUGGAGGCCGCUGAUAUCCGCCGAGGCGACGGGGCGGCCUUCGAGAAGUUUGCGCUCCAAGUCCAGUCACUGGUAGGCAUGCUGUCUACUUUGGGCCCAGAGGGGGAGACAGAACUGAGAUGUGGCUUGCACGUUGCACGCCUCCUAAACAAGCUACCCCCAGAGAUGAGGUCCGAUUUCCGCCGCACAAUGCUCCGCGGCCCAGGGGCCACGUACACCCUGUCAGAGUUCUCUGAAUGGCUGAAGCAAGAGUCCUGGUGCCACGACUUCGACAUGCAGUCCCCAAGUAAAGAUUUAAAGCAGCGGCCACCCCCCAAAAUGGGCAGAUCUGCCACAGUUCUGCACGGCGCUGAAGGCGGAGACCAGUACGAGGCCACAGCCCCACGUGAGAAGGCGAGAUCCAGAGUGUACUGCCCAUUCUGUGAGAACUCCGAGCACUUCCUUAACCAGUGUAGCGAUCUGAAGAAACUCACUAAAGACCAGAUUACAGAUUGGAUCAGAACUAAAAGGAGGUGCUGGCGCUGUGGCCGAUCUCACCAAGCCGCCCAGUGCGACCUCAAGAAGCCAUGUGGCCUGUGCAAAGGUAAACACCUUGAGGUCCUGCAUGAGGUAAACGUUAGGACUCUGAAAGAUCCAGUGAGAGACGAGAGUUGCCCGACAGACGCCACCACCGAGGUGCUCUACCUGGACAAGCCAGUGGACUGCAAACGAGUCCUACUUAAAGUGGUCCGAGUAAUUCUACACCACGGAGACCGUUCCCUCGACACCUAUGCCCUCCUCGAUGACGGAUCGGAACGCACAAUGCUUCUGCCAGCUGCAAUCGAGAAGCUCGGUCUCCAUGGAACGCCGGAAGCCCUGGCACUGCGCACGAUCAGGCAGGAUGUGCAGACACUGAAAGGGUCCUCUGUCUCGCUCUCCAUAUCCCCAGCCUCUAAGCCAAAGCAACGUUUCCUAAUUAAAGGAGCCUUCACCUCAGGUCGCCUGGGACUAGCUGAGCAGUCCUACCCAGUGUCAAGCCUCAAGAAGAAGUGCGGUCACUUGGCCAAACUACCCAUUCAACCGUUUGAAUGAGUCAAGCCCCUCAUCCUGAUCGGAGCUGACCACCCCCACCUGAUUACUCCGAUGGAGCCGGUGAGGCUGGGACCUCUGGGCGGGCCAGCAGCUGUCCACACAAGACUGGGUUGGGCCCUACAGGGCCCCAUCAGAGUACUGGAAGCCAACCUCCAACCACAGCAGUGCCUGUUGACGAUAAUGGAACCCCAAAACACUGCACUCAUGAGAGAUGUAGAGAGACUCUGGCAGGUCGACACAUCACCAUUUAAGAAUGAAAGGACUGUUACGAGGUCACGCCAAGACCAGCAGGCAUUGGAUCUACUCAGUACCAGGACGACGCGCGUUCAGGUAAAUGGCGUCCAGCGAUACGCCACUCCCCUACUCCGUAAGAGCGACAUGCCUCUCUUCCAAGCCCCAAAGGAAGCAGUGAUGUCAAACCUGAGUGCGACGGAGAGACGAUUGAUCCGAGACCCUGAAUCUGCCGCAGCUUACUGCAAGGAAAUCGACAAGCUGGUUCAAGCAGGCGCGGUACAGAAGAUCCGCAUAGACAAGCUGACACAAGAGGAAGAGUGCUGGUUUAUUCCCCACCACAUGGUGCAACAUAACAACAAAAGGCGCCUUGUGUUCAACUGCUCCUACGAGUAUCGCGGCCUCAACCUUAACCAGUACCUGCUGCCCGGACCCACACUGGGAGCUUCUCUUCUCGGUGUCCCGUUGAGGUUUCGGGAACACGCCGUUGCUAUUUCAGGUGACAUCAAAGGUAUGUUUCACCAGGUCCGCCUGCUACCUGAAGACAGGCGGCUCCUACGAUUCGUGUGGCGAGACAUGAGAAGAGAAGACCCGCCCGACAUCUAUGAGUGGCAGGUGCUUCCCUUUGGCACCACGUGCAGCCCGUGCUGUGCCACAUUCGCACUGCAGCAGCAUGUCACAGCUCACAGCAUGCCCGAAGACAUCGUUCGGUUCUCCGUGGAGAAUUGUUUCUAUGUAGACAACUGCCUACAGAGCGUGCCAAGUCCAGAGUGCGCCCGACAGCUAGUUGACCAGCUGAGAGAGUUACUGGUGUCCGGCGGGUUUGAUCUGAGACAGUGGGCCAGUAACUUCCCAUCAGUUGUUGCCCACCUGCCACAAGAAGCUAGAUCCGACACCCAAGAACUGUGGCUCGCUCAAGAGAAGUCAGAAAUGCCGGAGCCUAUGCUUAGCCUGUCAAAUGGGGCCUAGUUGUUUGAGAUCCCAGGAGCAACCACCACCUAAAUAAAAGCUUUAAGCAAACCAAUGAAAAGUUAAAAUGAGAAACUAUAUAAGUUAACCACAUGAUUAUGCUUAUGCUUGAUGCAAGAAUGAUUUUAAUAGGCUGAUAUAUAUUCUGGAAAUGAUGAUUGCUAUAGAAGAGAAUGAUUUAAAAUAAGUUAUUUGAUCAUACUAAGAAAAAUGAUUUAAAGAAGUGAUUCAGUGUAACUAAGUGAGUUUUGACUUGAAUUAAUCUGUGCUGUUCUGAGCUGUGUGCAGGGCAAAAAGCAGAAGUCACCAUGACACUGCAGAAAGGAGGACAUUGAGGAAGUUCUGUGGCCAAAUAUGGUCUUGGCAACAUGUCUCAAGCAAUGUGUGUGUGUGUUAACAACGGAAGGUGGAUGCUGUGUACUUGCUGGAAAAACAUGAUGUGUAAUAGGAAGAAGGUUGUGUCUUAAACCUAUGAAUUAAUUAAUUGGGCGUACCUACUAGUUAGAAUUGUAUGUGAAAAUGUGUAUGUGCUAAGCUGAAGUCGAGCUAGGGUAUAAAACCCAGAGACACAGACACUGAGUUCGGAGUUCUCCCCCAGAGGGGAGAGAUGCUGCUCGCCGGAGAGCAUCGCCAGAGUUCUGAAGAAUCUUCACCGGACCCUUUUGCCCAAGAGACGUGAAGACAACGCAGGACUUAGGCUCCAGAGUUCGCUGAGAACAUCGUUGGAGGCAAAGUCUUUUUCUGACUUUGUUCAACAAGCGAGGACCACACUCUGCUGAAAGGAGAGUCCUGAGAGGUCUGCAGUUUUCCAAACAGAUGAAGAGAGGCAAGCACCCAUGGCAUCCAGAGAGGCACAGGAGGCAGCAGCAGAGGGCUGCUCCACUCCAGGGGCUGGAGGACCCAGUGACCCACCACAGCCUGAUGAGACGGGGGCUUUCCACCACCACCAUCCGACUGAGAAGACAGCUGAGACGCCCACACUUGUGUUCCAGCUGCUACUAAAGAUAACUGCCAGACCAACGAUUGGCUAUCGGGACCUCUCCACUCCCCCUGCCUAUGAAGAACACCCUCUGCCCACAAAGAAGACUUCGUACCGAGUCUGCUGGUCCACGGAGGAGUUCAACUAGACGCAGGUCAAGACCGGGCGUGGCAGCUAAGGCCUGGCUGUCCGCUCUCUCUCCUAAAUUUACUAAUUAGAGAAGAUUCUCAGGUACGCUCAGCUUAGUUUAGUUUAGUUUGAAAUAAUCAGAAAUAAUUAAAUUCUUUAAUCAUGAAUUGAUGCUGUGCCCUUGCUAAAAAUUGCUUAAUAAAACGCUAUAUUGCAUUUAAAGAGAAGUCUAAUGAAAUGAUUAUGAUUCACUUAUUCUGCAUAGUGGUAAAAAGUUAAGUUGAUUGUGUGCAUUAAAUCUAAUGGUUCUUAAAGGUUACUUUAAUCCAACUAGUUAUUUAAACAUUACCCCUGAGGUUAGUUUUCCAAACCUCUAAAACGAACCUAGGAAUAUCAACAAGUGCCACAGUUUUAAGAGGAAAGCUGUCGUUAACAAACGUGUUCAAUAAAUCAAUUCUACUACUUAGGAGGGCUGCUUAGUAAGAGAGUAUUUAUUGGAGUAAGAGGGGUAAGACGUUUGGAAGAAGACAGUUAGGACCUAGGCGAGUAUUCCUCGACACCAGCUUAAUUAUUCUGCUGAAACCUGUUAGGUGGAAUACUAAUAGGCAGAUAGAAUCUAACCCUUUAAACGGAGAGCUGGUCCUGAUUUAACCUGAGGCAAGG